AUGCUUGACGGAAAAACAAUCCUUGUCACCGGCGCGAGUUCGGGUAUUGGGCGUGCCACCGCGGAAGUCGUAGCAAAACACGGCGCAAACGUCGUUAUUGCCGCCCGAAGAUCCGAACUUUGUGCUCAAGUCGCCGCACAGAUUCGAGCUAACGGGGGCAACGCGACGCAUGUGCGAGCCGACGUAACCAACCCGACGGAUGUUCAUCGCAUGGUUGAACACACAAUCUCGACGUUCGGAAAAAUUGACGGUGCUUUCAACAAUGCCGGGGUUCUGUUGGACACCGGUCGCAUCCACGAGAUGGAUGAUGACGUGCUCGAUAGAUCGUGGGAUGUCAACGUCAAAGGAAUGUGGUCGUGCAUGAAAGCAGAGAUUCAAGCGAUGAUCGAGCAAGGAAACGGGGGCACAAUCGUCAACGACUCUUCCCGCAACGGCCUACGCGCGGACAUCAGACGACCGGCUUACACCGCCACGAAACAUGCGGUUAGCGGACUAACCAAGGCGGCAGCUCUCGAUUAUGCCCGCAUGAAUAUCCGCAUAAACGGCAUCUGCCCGGGACCGAUCGACACCGAAAUGAUGCGUGCCGUCGACCGCGGCGAUGCCGAUGUGCGUCGAAGGAUCGAAGCCGCGGUCCCAUUGGCGCGUUAUGGGAAACCGGAAGAAGUCGGCGAACUCGUCGCUUGGUUGCUAUCCGAAAAAGCCUCGUACCUGACCGGUCAGAUGGUCGGGAUAGAUGGAGGGUUGUUGGCAGGAUGA